AUGUCGUCAAAACAGGGCGCAUACGGCGAUAAAAAGGCCAGCGACACCUCCUUCCGCAAAACAUGGGACCGCGACGCCUACGCCGCCAAAGCGAAAGACCGCGAUGUCAAGAUCAAGGAAGAGGGCAAAGCGCGCCACGAAGCAGCUCUCGCCGGCAAGAAGUACAUUCGCCGCGCCUCGACACCCACCGACACCCACGACACCGAAGCGCGUCAAGCCCGUCUGAAUGUCGCUGAGCAAGUCGGCAAGACCACCCUCGUCGUAGCCGGCGCAGGCCAAGGAAAGCGCGGAAAGAGCGCCGGGUUCUACUGUGAGGCCUGCGACCUGACGUUCAAGGAUAACUUGCAGUGGGUGGAGCAUCUGAACAGUAAGCAGCAUUUGCUCGCGACGGGGAAGAGUGGGGAGGUGAGACGGGCGACGUUGGAGGAAGUGCAGGAGCGGUUUGAGUAUUUGAAGAGGAAGCGGGAAGAGGAGAAGGCGAGGGAGGUGGUGGAUCUGGGUACGAGGAUUGAGGUUGCGAAGGAGCAGGAGGAGAGGGAGCGGGAGGAGAAGAGGCAGAAGAGGAAUGCGAAGAGAAGGAAGACGAAGGAUGGGAUGGGACAUCAGGAGGUGAAGAUGGAGAAUGAUGGGGUCAUAUGUUGA